UAAAUACUUUCAUCAUAUGGGUUGGGUGAGGGUGCGCGUGUUGUGAACGUUGAUUGCUUUGACCGAUGCAUUGAGUUGUGUGUUUAAAGGUCAGGCUUGAAGGAGUCUAUGGUUGGUGCUGCGAAAUCAAAGCCAACAGUUUUGGAGUUAUCACUUCAGAUAAUGGAGAUGCAUCAGAGUAUCACAUCAACACUUUGUGGUUGUCAAUCCAACACUUGUUAUCUUCACAACAGAUAAGACAAGGCUAUUUUCCUUUUGUUAAACAAAUUUUACUGUUUCUCGCUGUAUUUCAAAACGAAUAUAGUUUAAUAUUUGCACAUAUGGAUUUCUUAAGUAGUUAAAACUGUAAAGGUGGAAUUUCUGAAGUAGGUAUAGGUAGAGUGGUGGACCGUCUCAUUUGUCUGACAGUGCACAAAUUUCCAAAGUGGCCAAGUCAAAUACUGGGGCAAAAAACAAAAAACCAGUCAAAUGAUGCCACUGAUGAAAACUGCAAGGUUAUAAGUAGGUAAUCAGAUAGCUUAGCUUCACAAAAGAGAAGAGAAAGAAACUGAAUCAUGGCCACCAACUCCAAACAGAGUGUGCAUAUGAAUCCAGGGCAAGGUGAAACGAGCUAUGCUCAGAACUCAGCACUUCAGAAAACAGCCCAGGAUAGGAUGAAGACUCUGAUAGAGGAGGCAGUCACAGGCUUAUGCACAAGCUCAUGUCCUCACCCAAAGAACAUGGUGAUCGCGGACUUGGGCUGCUCCUCCGGACCAAACGCGCUCACGCUCGUCUCUGCCGCCGUCGACGCCAUCCACCGCUACUGCGCGCAGCACGAGCAGCUGCCGCCGGAGAUGUGCGUGCUCCUGAACGAUCUGCCUGACAACGAUUUCAACGCCGUGGCGAAGAGCUUGGACACACUGAAGCACAGUGGUGAUGAAGCGCUCGCUCGCCCUACUGCUGUGAUCACCGGUAUGGUACCUGGGUCGUUCUACGAGAGGCUAUUCGCUCGUGGCUCCUUGCAUUUGGUUUGCUCGGCUAACAGCUUGCAUUGGUUAUCCGAGGCACCUGAAGAUCUCAAGAAGAGUAGAAUCCCGAUGCAUGAUAGUGAUGAACAGUUGAGAUCAUCAAGGCAUCAAAUUGUCGCGGAUUCUUAUGCUCGGCAGUUUAGGAAGGAUUUCAUGCGAUUCUUGAGCUUGAGGGCACAGGAGAUUGUCCCUGGAGGCCGAAUGGUUGUCUCACUGUUGGUCAAGCGCUCGGACAAACCUGACACUGAGUUAAUUCAACCAUGGACGCCGGCGGUGACGGCUUUAAGUGACAUGGCAUUAAGGGGUGUUAUCAGCAAAGAAAAGCUUGACUCCUUCUACAUUCCCUUGUGCUGCCCUAUGGACAGUGAAGUUAACAACAUCAUAGAGGAGGAGGGUUCAUUUGAGGUCAACAAGAUGAUGAUGCACGAUCCGUAUGACGGCACGGGCAAAGCCUUGCUCGAUCUGAAGAUGGUAGCCUUGCGCGUAAGAGCUGUAUUUGAGCCAAUAAUAGUGCAGCAUUUUGCAGCGUCAGAUGAAAUCAUGGACGACUUCGUCAGAGCAGUGGAGCGGCACUUGAUCAGUUCAGGGGCUCUGGAAGCUAGGCUGUCCGGCCAACACCCAUUUGCCUUCUUGUGUUUGUCUCUUACUAGAGCGAUGUGAUGAGACAGACGGGUGAUAGAUAAUACGGUGAUACCCUGCACCUUACGUGCAGCUACGCUUCUUGUCACCGUUGGCCAUGUCACCUCUGUCAGACCGCACGUCGUAGCUCAACACCAGACCCGAUACCGUCGUCUCCACUAGAUCUGCUUGAGCUGAGCUCACCGCCACCGGUGCUGGAUCAGCUCGGAUAGCACGCAAGUUGGCGCUAAGGUCAUCGUCGUCGCCAGGCCGCGCAUCGCUACUGCCGGGAUUUGGGGAAUUUGGAGCUUCGGUUGCUGGGAUUUGGGUCUAUGGUUAAGAGAGGAUUGGCAGGAGUACAAAAAAAAAUAUUACACAAAAAAGAUUCAAAACAUGUAUCAAGUGUAUAACAUGGCAUAGAUCUAAUUUCACGAGUGUUGCAAUGGAAUGGUUAUAAAUAGAGAAUUGUAACUAGUAAGCUAUAUUUUCCAAAGUAGUAAAUUUAUUGUGGCAUGUAUCCAAUAAUCUUUUUUUUUUGAGACGAUGUAUCCAAUAAUCUGAUUCACUUGAGAUGGCCAAAACUGUCCUGAUUAUGUUGCUCAACAUUAAGGAUGCACUUAUAUAGAAAGAAAAAGGAUUAUGCUUAAUUACAUGUAUAAGUGUAACUAUAAAUUUUUAGUCAUACGAAUGAAAACUGAAGGUACAUAAAUAUUCGUAUGACUUAUAUGUACGUAUUAGUUUGUACCAAUAUAGUGAUAAUAUGUUGCUGGUGCUAUUGUUAAAAAUU